AUGCAAAAUAUUCUCCUAAUUUGGUUGGACAACAAUACUAAUGAUAAUAAUGCUGAUUGUAAUAAUACAAUGAAGCAAUUAAAACGUGUAGUUAACAACAUAAACACGUUUACAGAUGGUGAAGAAUGUGUUGAAUUUAUUCAAACCAUUGUCAACAAUAAAGUAUAUAUGAUUGUCUCCGGGUCACUUGGGAAACACAUUGUGCCUCAUGUGCAUGACAUAUCCCAAGUAGACACCAUUUUUAUUUUUUGUAAUAAUCAAGAAUGGCAUAAACAAUGGAUCAAACAGUGGCCUAAAAUAAAAGGAGUCUUCAUAGAUAUAACAUCAAUCUGCAAAGCUCUUAAACAAGCUUCUCACCAAUGUGAGCAAAAUGCCAUCUCAAUCAGUUUUGUGGCAUCAAAUAAGAAAUUAGAUCAAUUAGAUCCAUCAUUCAUGUAUACUCAGAUCUUGAAAGAGAUCUUGUUAACUAUCGACUUCGAAGAUAAACAUAUCAAAGAAUUUAUUACUUAUUGUCGUGAAGCAUUUGUCGAAAAUGAGUAUGAUUUGCAUAAUAUUGAAAAACUCGAACGUGACUAUCAAAACCAAACACCGAUUUGGUGGUAUACUUAUCAAUAUUUUUUAUAUUCGAUGCUCAAUCAAGCAUUAAGAAUAAUGGAUGUUGAUAUUAUUGUUCGAAUGGGUUUCUUUAUUAAGGAUCUACAUCGUAAUAUUCAACGAGUUCACUCGAAACAAUUUGACGAUGAACAAUCUGAUAAAAUAUUUACAGUUUAUCGUGGACAGUGUCUUUCAAAAGAAGAUUUUACCGAAAUGACAAAAACGAAAGGUGGACUUCUUUCAUUUAACAACUUUUUGUCAACUAGCAUAAAUCGUGAUGUUUCUCUCUGUUUCACACCGCAAGCUGCUACCAAUCCGGAUCUGGUUGGAGUUUUAUUUGUUAUGUCAAUUAAUCCGACUGAUUCAACAACUCCAUUUGCUUCUAUUACAGAUGUUAGUUACUUUCAUACAGAAGAUGAAGUUCUUUUCUCCAUGCAUACCAUUUUUCGCAUUGGAGAUAUUAAAUCAAUGGAUGAGAAUAAUCAUCUCUAUCAAGUGAACUUAACAUUGACCAAUGAGAACGACGAAGACCUUCGUACUCUUACUGAUCAUAUCCGACAAGAGACCUUUCCAGAAAAAGAAGGUUGGUAUAGACUGGGAUUAUUACUGAUUAAGAUGGGUCAAUUCAUCAAAGCUCAAGAAGUUUAUGAAGCGUUACUUCAUCAAGCAACACAUGAGAGUGAUAAGGCAUCGAUUUAUUAUCAAUUAGGUCGAAUCAAACGUAAUCAAGGAGAAUAUCAGAAAGCACUUUCUUAUUAUGAAAAAACUCUUGCAAUUCGACAGCAAUCACUUCCUUCUGAUCAUCCUGAUUUGGGACACUCCUAUAACGAGAUCGGAUCGGUGUAUGACAGCAUGGGUGACUAUUCAAAAGCGCUUUCUUAUUAUGAAAAAGCGCUUGAAAUUCAACAACAAUCACUUGGUUGA